GCGGGAAGGUGUAUCGUCCAUUGCGAAAAGAUUAUAUUUUUAAUUUCGUGAGCUAAAGUGUUUGUACAUAAUGCCGAAUAUCAUAAACGAGGUUAAACUAGACUUUAAGGAUGUGUUACUCAGGCCCAAAAGAAGCACCUUAAAGAGCAGGAGCGAUGUGGAUCUAUUUCGAGAAAUCACAUUCCGCAACUCCGGGCAGACGUACCGGGGAGUCCCCGUGAUGGCGAGCAACAUGGACACUGUUGGCACUUUCGAAAUGGCCAAGGAGUUAUCUAAGCACGGCUUGUUCACGUGUAUACAUAAAUACUACACGACGGAGGACUGGAAGAAAUUCGCAGAGGAGAGUCCCACAUGCUUAGAACAAAUGGCGGCAAGUUCGGGUACUGGCGAAGCAGACUUCGACCGCCUGUCAGAAAUCCUCAACAGUGUUAAAGACCUCAAAUUCAUAUGCCUUGACGUCGCCAACGGAUACUCGCAACACUUCGUGGAGUUCCUGCGACGAGUACGGGCUGCGUUCCCCACACACACAAUCAUUGCCGGCAAUGUAGUUACGGGAGAGAUGGUGGAAGAACUAAUAUUAUCUGGAGCUGAUAUUAUUAAGGUCGGAAUAGGACCGGGAUCAGUCUGUACAACCAGGAUAAAAACUGGUGUAGGUUACCCACAACUGUCUGCUGUUAUAGAGUGUGCAGAUGCGGCGCAUGGACUGAAGGGGCAUAUCAUUUCGGAUGGCGGUUGCGCGUGUCCUGGUGACGUGGCCAAAGCCUUCGGAGCUGGCGCGGACUUCGUGAUGGCGGGCGGUAUGUUCGCUGGGCACGACCAGUGCGGCGGUGAGGUGGUCACUAAGCCGGACGGCAGGAAGGUUAAGCUGUUCUACGGCAUGUCUUCCUCCACUGCUAUGAUGAAGCAUUCGGGAAAAGUUGCGGAUUACAGGUCUGCUGAAGGUAAAACAGUAGAAGUGGCAUACCGAGGAGACGUGGAGGCAACAGUCAAGGAUAUUUUAGGCGGCCUUAGAUCAGCGUGCACCUACGUAGGAGCCGCGAGGUUACGGGAGCUGCCGAGGAGGGCCACCUUCAUCAGGUGUUGUAGGCAGGCUAGCGAUGUGUUCUCGUAAGCUAUAUAUUUUACUUAGGCAUGAAUGAGGUAUAGAAGAAUAUAGUUUGAAUCACACACAAAAGUCAUGUUUCCUUUACGUCACCGACCAGUCUGAAAUUUAUGUACGUCUAAUUCGCAUUAGCACUGACAGUUGGCAAAGACUAGACAGGCGUCUGACGGUUAUCAACUGUCAAUGUCAUAAUCAAAUGUUAAAUUAUUUACUGACGGGUGAAGAGAUGGAGAACUGAACUGUCGUUUAUGAAUGAAGUUUUGGUUUCAUUACACAUAGCUCAUGUCUCUAUUGAGUCAUUUAUCAGUCGAAAGUUCCAUCAGACGCUUUAGGCUUGACCUAACCGAACUAUCUAUUAAUACUCUAUAAUUUUUAACGGAUUGGAGAAUGAUGUGUGUGAAUGAAGUCUUGGCUCAAUCAUUCACAUCAGUCACGCCUGUUUUACAUCACUGAUCAGUCAAAAAUCGUAAGAAGCUCCACUGUUGUGACCUCACGGAUUUACUUUUUGCAUCCUCACGGAUGUUAAUCAAUACUUGCUAAUAUUAUAAAUGCGAAAGUGUGUUUGUUUGUCUAUUUGUCUUUCCUUUACGUCCUAACUAAGGAACCAAUCUACUUGAUUUUUGGGAUAGAGUAAGUUGAAAGGGCGGAGAGUAGAAUAGGAAUAACAUAAGAGUAACAUACUUACUUUUUAUCCCAGGAAAACAAAUAGUACCCACGGGAUUUUUAGAAAACCGUAAUAAACUCUGGUGAAGAAUGCGGGCAACAGCAACUACCCUAUAAUUAUUGACGGACCGCUGACGUGAUCAAGGCGUGACUGACCAGACACGUCACUGGUCAGUCAAAAAUGUAAAACGCGUUAUAGUCCAGUCAGUCAAGACAAUUAAUUCAUUAUAAUUCCAAAAGUUUUCAAAUUUUGAUGUAAGGUCGGGAAUGGUAUUAAAACAAACUAUAAAAUUUUGCAACCUGUUCUGCGGUCCGGAACAUUGUUAAAAAUGCAAUAAAUCAUAAUUUGCUCAGUUCUUGAGACCAAAAUACCAAAAGUUCUGCAUAGUUGGAGUGGUGUUAAAUAUAUUAUUUUACAUGACGUGUCAAAUUUGCAACCAAUUUAAGUGUACGGAACAUUUUUUGUUAUAGGUAUAUUUUUCCGAUAUAUGUGUCAAGUUUGAAAAAGAAUUUUUGGAACGUUUUCAUUCAGUUUAAUAAAAAAAAAACAUUAAUUUUCAAUAAACAAAAAGCGUUCCGUACACUUAGAUUGGUUGCAAAUUUAAUACGUGAUACGAAAUAUUAUAUCGAAAACUUCCCCAAGUUUGCAGAACUUUUCGAAUUUUUUUCACGACCAUACAGCAAAAAUUAAUAAUUUAAUUGCAAUUUUAACAAUGUUCCGGAUUGCGGACAAGGUUGCAAAAUGAGAUUUAUUGUCGUCCCAAUGUACCAUUCACUUGACCGAAGUUUGAAAACUUUUGGAAUUAUAAUUAAAUUUUCGAUUUCGAAUGUCAAUAAUGACUGGACUAUUAGGUUUGACCUGACUGAUGUGUACCAAUAUUAGCUAAUACUCUAUAACUGUUCACUUACCGGUGACGUGACGUAAUGGAGUCUUGAAUUAUGUGUGUAAAUUAAACCUAAGGGCCGAAACAAACCAACUGGCAUUGAAAGUCAACAAUAAGUGUUAAAACUGUUGAUCAUCAUUAUCUCAUGAAAUUAAUAAUCAAUUAAAUCCUAAAUCUUCAGAUGGCAAAUUAAUUCAGUAGUGCUAUCAUUUUCACAAAGAAACGGUGAUAAACUAAU